AUGUUCUCGGUGUUGGCCUUAGCCGCACAAAUUCUUGCAAAUGUCAACGUCGCUUCACAGGCUGUUGAUAAAAACGACCUUGCACCAUUGCCUAAAGUUCGCCAAAUACGAAUACCAGGUGAUAUUUUAAUAGGAGGCGUCUUUCCAGUCCAUUCGAAAUCUUUGAAUGGCGAUGAGCCGUGUGGAGAUAUUGCUGAAACCAGAGGUGUUCAUCGUGUCGAGGCGAUGCUCUACGCGUUGGAUCAAAUCAAUGCGCAACGCGAUUUUCUCAGGGGCUACAAACUUGGCGCAUUAAUCCUCGAUUCUUGCUCGAAUCCCGCCUAUGCUCUUAACCAGAGUUUGGACUUUGUUCGUGAUAUGAUUGGCUCUUCAGAAGCCUCCGACUAUUCUUGCCGGGAUGGAAGCGAACCGUUUAUACGAAAGGCUGGACAGAAAAAGAAUGUGGCUGCUGUAGUUGGUGGCAGCUAUAGCUCGGUGUCGGUGCAGCUGGCAAACUUGCUUCGUCUUUUUCGUAUUGCCCAAGUCAGUCCAGCAAGCACAAACGCAGAUCUCUCUGAUAAAAAUCGAUUUGAAUAUUUUGCCAGAACUGUGCCAUCUGACGACUAUCAAGCAAUGGCUAUGGUUGAAAUUGCUGUGAGAUUCAAAUGGUCUUAUGUUUCAUUGGUGUACUCAGCUGAUGAGUACGGUGAGCUUGGAGCGGAUGCUUUCAAAAAAGAGGCGAGGAAGAAGGGAAUUUGCAUUGCCAUUGAAGAACGAAUCCAGAAUAAGAAGGAGAGCUUCACAGAAUCAAUAAACAAUCUUGUUCAGAAAUUACAACCUGACAAGAACGUCGGAGCCACGGUUGUUGUCUUAUUUGUCGGAACUGAAUACAUUCCAGAUAUUUUAAGACAUACCGCAGAGACGAUGAAGCUAACGAAAGGCACAAAGAAAAGAAUUAUUUGGUUGGCGUCGGAGAGUUGGGAUCGGAACAAUGAAAAAUAUAUGGUUGGUGAGAAUAAGCUAGCUGCUCAAGGUGCCAUUGUCCUUAUGCUAGCUUCUCAGAAAGUUCCUUCGUUUGAAGAAUACCUCAAAUCUUUACACCCCGGAACUGAAAAAUUUGAACGGAAUGCGUGGCUUCGAGAAUUAUGGCAGGUCAAGUAUAAAUGCGAGUUCGGUGCACCCAAAGAAUCAAAGGUCAAUCGAUGCGAGGAUAUUAGGCAGGAUCACGACAACUUCAAAUCGGAUGACAAAGUGCAAUUUGUGAUUGAUGCGGUGUAUGCGAUUGCUCAUGGGUUGCAGGCGAUGAAAAGUGCUGUCUGCCCGGAUGAUGCUAUCGAAUCUUCAUGGAUUUCUCGAUACAGUAAACAACCCGAAAUUUGUCACUCAAUGCAAAACAUUGAUGGAUAUGAAUUUUAUCAGAAAUAUUUGCUCAAAGUGCAGUUCAAUGACGUUGUCGGCAAGCCAUUUCAUUUCUCUCCACAAGGUGAUGGUCCGGCAAGUUACACAAUUUUGACAUAUAAGCCGAAAUCGCUGGAUAAAAAGCGAAGAAUGCUCGAUGAUGAUGACGAAUCUCAAUCGGAUUACGUCGAAAUUGGGCACUGGAGUGAGAACAAUUUGACCAUUUAUGAGGACCAGCUUUGGUGGGAGCCUAACAAAACUCCUGUCUCGGUAUGCUCACUACCGUGUGCAAUUGGGUUCAGAAAACAACUAAUCAAGGACGAACAAUGCUGCUGGGCUUGCAGCAAAUGCGAAGAUUAUGAGUAUCUCAUCAACGAAACGCAUUGUAUUCCGUGUGAGCAAGGAUUUUGGCCGACUAAAGAUCGAAAAGGAUGCUUCGAUCUUUCAAUUUCACAGCUCAAAUAUAUGCGCUGGAAUUCGAUGUAUUCCAUUGUGCCCACAAUUCUUGCAGUUAUAGGAAUCAUUGCCACAAUCUCAGUUAUCAUUAUUUACAUCAUAUAUAAUGAGACCCCAGUCGUGAAAGCUUCUGGUAGAGAAUUGAGCUAUAUCUUGCUCAUCUCAAUGAUUAUGUGCUAUUGCAUGACGUUCGUGCUGCUCUCAAAGCCAGGAGCUACCGUAUGCGCGAUUAAACGAACAGGAAUUGGAUUCGCAUUUUCGUGCCUUUAUUCAGCAAUGUUGGUGAAAACUAAUAGAAUUUAUCGAAUUUUCAACACAAGAACCGCUCAACGACCAAAAUUUAUUUCACCAAUAUCACAAGUUAUUAUGACAAGUAUGCUUGCCGGAGUUCAACUAUUUGGCAGCGUGAUUUGGUUAUUUGUAGUUCCGCCAGGUUCGAGACAUCACUACCCUACAAGGGCCGAUGUCGUUCUAACCUGUAAUGUUCCAGACCAUCAUUUUCUUUACUCUUUAGCAUAUGAUGCAUUUUUAAUUGUGCUGUGUACGGUAUACGCAGUGAAAACGAGAAAAGUCCCGGAAAAUUUCAAUGAGACAAAAUUCAUUGGGUUUUCAAUGUACACCACUUGUGUAGUGUGGCUUAGUUGGAUAUUCUUCUUCUUCGGCACAAGAAGUGAUUUUCAAAUUCAAACAUCAUCUUUAUGUAUAUCCAUUUCAAUGUCGGCGAAUGUCGCGCUCGCGUGCAUAUUCUCGCCGAAACUCUGGAUAAUUCUUUUUGAGAAGCACAAAAAUGUCCGGAAACAGGAAGGCGAAAGUAUGCUGAACAAGAGCAGUCGGUCAUUCGGGAACUGUAGCUCAAGACUUUGUGCGAAUAGCACAGACGAACCCAAUCAAUACACUGCCUUACUUUCUGAAAGUACCCGUCGGCGGGCUUCACGCAAGUCAUCGCAACCAACAAGCACAAGCUCGGCGCAGGAUAUCUUUUUGUAA